CGGACGCACCUCGUCUCGGGACCGGAGCGCAUCUGCUUAAGCUUUAACUGGUUAAAUAGUGUUAUCCGCUUGAAUUUGUUAUUGUUAUUAUCAAGCACCCUGUGCCGCCCCUCGGAGAUCUCAGGUGAAUUUCGAGAGCAGCAUGGUUUUCGGUGGUCUUAGGUUAGUGAUGACUCCACAUCGACGGCUCUCCGUCGCUGACGUCACGGGCCAUCGCCGCAUCUAACGGUUUGUGGUGGAUCUCCGAUGGAACUCUUGUAUAAAAACGUUGGAUCUGCUGGAGAUCGUCAUCAUUCGCUAGCCGGGAACAGCUCGACGCACAGGUGUCGCCUUCGAUUCCACCUAUUUUUCCAAAUUUGAAACAGAGAUAGCUCAACGCUGAAAUGAAGGUCUUCAUCUGCCUGUUGGCCACCAUCUGCGCCUGCAAUGCCACCUUCCUGUCCCUUCUGGGCGGCGGAGGCGGUGGUGGAGGAGGAGGAGGUAGCAAGACCACUUACAAUGUGAUAGCCACGCCCACUUCGGGAGGCGGUGGAGGUGGAGGUGGCGGCGGAGGUCACGGAUAUUCAUAUGCCCAGGGAGGCGGCGGAGGUCAUGGGUAUGCGCAGGGACAUGGCUACGGACAUGGACACGGUGGCUCCCCGCAGAUCAUCAAGGUCAUUCUGCAGGAGGGUCAGGGCUACAGCAACGCUGGAGGAUCAGCCGGCGGCAUUGUGUCCUCGGAAGGUCAUGGCUACAGUCACGGUCAUGGUCAUGGCUACGCCAGUGGUCACGGAUCCUAUGGCGGCCAGCAGGCUCAGUUCUACAAGAUCAUCGAACAGGCACCGGCUCCAGUCCCAGCUCCUGCCCCCGUUCCCAUUCCGAUUUCGAUUCCUGCCCCUGCUCCGCCAGCUGCUCCCAUUGCCUAUCAUGCUUCCAGUGGCUCCAGUGGCUACUCCUAUGACCACGGCCAUUCGCACUCCUACGGACAGUCGUAUGCUUCGGGACAUGGUUACGGUGGUGCCGCCUCCUUCGAUGCCCAGCAGUUCAAUGCCAUUCUGCCGCAGAUCAUCCAGUUGGUGCUGCAGGAGGAUUCGUUUGGCGGCGGCGGCGGUGGUGGAUCCGCUGAUGUGGCUGCCAUCAAUGGCCAGCUGAUCAACACCUUCGGCUCCAAGGGCAAGGCUAUCAUUUUAAAGGCCGAUCAGGCGCAGGGAGCCUUCUUCAAGAGCGGACACGUGGUGCAGCGGGGAACCCUGAAGGUGAUGCGCGUCCAGGAGCAGCAGCAGUCCCAGGUCGCUGGUGGCUCCAAGGGAGGCUGGGGCUCCGGUGGAGGUGCCAUUUCCGGUGGCUGGAGCGCCGGCGGAGGUGCCGCUUCCGGUGGCUGGAGCAGCGGUGGUCCACCUUCGGCCUGGUAGAUGCACUGCAUCCACAGCUCGCCUAGUUAGUUAGACCAAAUGAAUUGUUUUUUUUUUUCACCAUCGUCUAUUCUAUCGUUAUGUAUUUUUUUUCCUAGGCUAAUCCUUCACAGUCAUUAUCAGAAAAAAACAUCCAUCAUUAUUAACUUAAAUUAUUUGUUAAUAAACAAUUUGAACCAA